AUGAGGAGGCUUUUGCUACCCCCCUUCCUGCUUUCCUUACGGCGCCUGCUGGUGGCUUGCCAAGUUUCGGCCCCCUGCCGGUGGUUUCUGGCUGUGUCUGGUGUGUUGCUGCAGGAUGCUUCGCCGCUGCUGGGACCAGGACUUCAGGGACCUUCUAGCAAUACGGCUUCGGCUACGGCGCCGCAGGAGGUCUGCCGGUCGCUUGGCGGUGUGGUUCUCCCUCAAGUCUGGCUCGUUGGACAUUCCUUCAUCUUCUGGGCCAGGAGGCGGGCGGCAGUUCGCCCGAACGGGGAGCAGUUGGGGUUCUCUCCUCUUGCGGUUGAGGUGCGGUGGUUCGGGAAACGGGGGAUGCUGUGGGUUCAUCUCCUCCCUGAGCUGGUUCGGUUGUCCCGGUUGUUGGGUCCUCCCUCGGUUCUGGUGAUUCACCUCGGGGGGAAUGAUCUUGGGGUGGUCCCGGUUAGGUCUCUGGGGGAUACGGUUCUUCGGGACCUUGCUAGGCUUAUGGUGUUGUUUCCUGAUGUCCGGUUGGUGUGGUCCGAGGUGGUGUCUCGGAAUUUUUGGCGGGUGGCGACUAAUCAGCGGGCCCUGGAGCGGUCGCGGGUUAAAUUUAAUCGUUGGAUUUCCAAGUUUGUGGCUAGCGUUAAUGGUGUGACGGUUCGGCAUAGGGUGUUUGAAAGGGACGCGGCCAAUUUGUUUCGGAGUGAUGGCGUUCAUUUGAAUGACAUCGGUUUGGAUCUUUUCAAUUUGGCUCUGCAGGAGGCUAUCGGUCAGGCCAUGGCGUGUGUUGGUGGGGGCCCCCGCUGA